AUGGAAGUUAUGCGGACACUCCCUCGUGAUGAAUUUGUAUCUCCACUGAGGGUACAUGUCCCUUCCCGGCUGGGAUUCGACAAACGUGGGAAGGAAACUAGCGACCUGUCAAAUGGCUGGCUGCAGAUAGAUGGUUUAACUUCGGGGUGUCUUGGGUCCCGAGAAUACACCACCAAGGAUGGUGGUGUGCAUGACGCCAAAGUCCUCCAAGUGGUGGAACAUCAAAAUAAAGAUACAAUAUUACGGCGAAAGCUAGGCUACAAAUCAUCGCUGGCUCUGGAAGCUGACAUCCACGCCUUCGAGCCCGAAGGCCAUGAUGCACCACCGCCCACAUAUGACGAUGCGCUCAAGGAUCUACCUCCAUAUUACGCCACACUUGCUCCCUUAGCCCAGCGGAAGAAUCUUAUCCAAGACUCUGCGCCCUCACAGACUACAGAUAGGUCAGAGUGUAAAGGUGUAUCGCGACCAUUCGAUUUUGAGGCUACACCGGGCAUUCGAGAACACAAAGCAGGAAAGAAAAAGAAGAAGCCGACGCCGCAACCACAGCGACAGAACACACCGCCGGCUGAAGAAAGUGGUGGUGACAAGCCAGAAGACGGCGGCGGAGAUGAGCAAAACGGUGAUACCGGCGGAAAUGAAGGAGGCGAUUCAGGAGGUGGCGGCAAUGGAGGAGAUGAUAAUGGCCAAGAUGGGAACGGCGACGGUAAUAAUGGAGAAGAUGACGAGUGGGAUGCGUGGAAUACGACAAGCACCAAGAAGACUAAGAAGAAAAAAAAGCAGGAGGAAGAAGAAGAGCAACGGAAGCGGGAAGAAGAGGAACAGCAGGCCAGGGAAGAACAGGAGAGAUUGGCCAAGGAGGAGGCAGAACGGCUGGCCAAGGAAGAGGAGGAGAAGCGGGCUGCCGAAGCUGCCGCCGCUGCCGCCGCUCCCCCCGACCUCAGCUGGGCAGAUGAUACUAAUGCCAACGGUGAUGAUGGCUGGGGUUUUGCCACAACGACUAGCAAGAAAAAGAAGAAGAAAGGCAAGGGCGCCGACCCUAGCCCGCCCGAACCGGCGUCCAACGGGUUCCAAGACGUAAGCUUGAACGACAGCGCGCCGCAACUAGACUUAGGUCUGCCUCCUGCAGCGCCAGGAACGGGCUUCAACUUUGGGAGCUGGGGUCAAGAUUGGGGAUCUGGUGAUAAAUGGGGUCUUAACACCCUGAACGGCAUGAAAGACGACAAGCCAAAAGAGAAUACUAACCCUUGGUCCUUCUCCGGCACCAACGGCAUGUCGAACGCCUCCGUUGGGUUCAGCUUUGGUGCGGAUCUUGGAAGUACCCCGGCUGCCAACGAUGUCCCUCCUGCUCCGGAAGAAAGCAAGCCAGAGGACGACUGGGGAUUUCCCGUGACCAAGAAAGAGAAAAAGAACAAGAAGAAGGGGCUCGAGGAGCCGACGCCCGACCUUCUUGCAGAAGAGCCAAAACCGGAUAACGCCUGGCCGGCUGUUAAAGAGAAUAAGGAGCCGGAAUUUGCUGAUGAUGACUGGGGUUGGGGAGCAACCUCUAUCAAGAAAGAAAAGAAAAAGAAGAAGGCCGACGAGCCUCUUCUUGAGGAGCCUCCCGCCCCCGAACCUGCUGCUGCCGCUGAUCCGCCGCCUGAAGAUGACUGGUCACCGGGCUGGGAUCUCCCAAAGAAGGAGAAGAAGAAGAAGAAGGGCGCGAUCUUUGAGCUGGAGCCGGAGCCUGAACCACAACCUGAUCCCGUGGAGCCGGAGCCUGAACCUGAACCAGUCGUUGAACCUGAGCCCGAACCCGAGCCCGAGAAGCCAGCCUUGGAAUUCCUGGAUAACCCUCUUUAUAAUAACUGGCUCACGCUUAAUUCCAAAGACAGGAAGAAAAGGGAAAAGCAACUUGUCAAGAAAGGCCUCCCUAUCCCUGGUAAAGACUUUGAAUUUCCUGAUCCAGAUGCUGAGCCCCCCAAGGAACCAGAGCCCGAGCCCGAGCCAGUUCAAGAACCUGAGCCAGCUCCUGAGCCAGAGCCAGAGCCGAUAGCUGAACCUGAACCUGAACCUGAACCCGAACCAGUUGUUGAACCAGAGCCCGAAAAGCCCGCCUUUCAAAUCCCAGAUAGCCCUCUGUAUAAUAACUGGCAUACCCUUUCAUCUAAAGACCGGAAGAAGCGUGAAAAAUCGUUGAUCAAGAGCGGACUUCCUAUUCCUGGCAAAGAUUUUGAACUUCCUGAUCCAAAUGCUGAGCCCCCUAAGGAGCCCGAGCCCGAGCCCGAGCCUGAGCUCGAGCCAAUUCAAGAACCGGAGCCAGCUCCUGAACCCGAGCCCGAGCCCGAGCCGAUAGUUGAACCUGAGCCUGAGCCUGAACCUGAACCUGAACCCGAGCCUGAGAUCAAGGCUCCUGAAAUACCAGACAGUCCUCUCUACAACAACUGGCACACACUCUCAUCCAAAGACCGGAAGAAACGUGAGAAAACAUUGAUCAAGAAUGGUCUUCCUAUCCCGGGCAAGGAUUUUGAGCUUCCUGAUCCCAAUGCUGAGCCUCCCAAAGAUCCUGAGCCAGAGCCGGAGCCAGAGCCGGAGCCAGAGCCGGAGCCGGAGCCAGUUCAAGAACCCGAACCCGAGCCUGAACCCGAGCCGGUAAUUGAACCUGAUCCAAUCCCGGAGGCUAAGCCUGAACCUGAGGUUAAAGCUCCUGAGAUACCAGACAGUCCCCUCUACAACAACUGGCACACACUCUCAUCCAAAGA